AUGACAGCGGUCGCAGGUGCCCUUGGCUCUGUGAUCGGUUACCUUGGUGCAGAAGUCGCCGAACCUACCAUCUUCGAACGACUACUAUGGCCGCAGCGGUUCUACAACUACGCUUCUCUUCGAACGCUCCUCGUCAGCGCACUGAUGAUGCCAAUGGGCGGUCCCUUGCACAAGGCCGCUCUCGAAACCCUCGAUGCGAUACGAGAGAAUGGACUAUAUCGAGGCGCAACACGCGGUCACAUGUUGGGUACGGCGUUCUUCCAUGAGAACGACGUCAAAUACUUCAAUCGCAUUGUCAAUGAGGGAGAAAAAGACAUCCGGAAUGGGUUUUGGGUCGAAGUUCUGAGGAUGAUAAGCCAGGGUGCGAGGGAGCGGAAAGCAACCCAACAACGAAAGCGGGCGUCAUCCAACGGCGCAAUCGCUCCACAGGCGGCUACAUCGAGGACUAGAGCAACACAACCCUUGUUUACCCUCACCAUCUCGGAAGAGCCGAGCGAUCCCAAUGCAUCUUACGUGACGCUUUCGGAGGACAAGGUCACCUUCAAGACGAUCCUUGGAAUUGUUUGUAGCGAGCUGAGCACCAUAAUUUUCGCAGUCGUCAUCGGCGUAAAACAGAAAGUGUUCUGGCUAACUGGGCUAUUGGCUCUGCCAUUGGUCUUGAAACUCAUCUCCUUGCUCGUCACGGUCCGUCGCGAGACCUUUCCCCAGGUCAGGAAACCUCCUCCAACUAGCAAUGGUACAUCAACACUACAGUCCUCCACGACCUUGAGUGGAACGAGCACAUCGAAUAGCCUGCCGAAGGCUGCACAAACACAAACAGUCGCCGCGCGGCCGGCGCCACCCGAAACACAGAUCUACGAAGUCAUCCUUCCAAGCUUAGGCUUUACCUUGCUCGUAGGAAAGCCUAACAUCAUUCUUCCCUUCUUCCGACACUACGGUUACCCUCUUCGUGAAACGCGCUACGACCGGUUCCGUGAGAUCUGCUGCCUCGUCUUGAUAUAUCUAUUCGUGCUGUAUUUUCCUGCUGGACUGAUCGCUUUACUUUGGAUGCCAGAAGACACUCAGUAUAUGUGGCUAGGUUAUCAGGUAUAUGCAAUCGUAUUCAUGCAUCUGAGCCGAUUAUUUGGUCUAGGUGGGACUGCGCGUACCGAAGACAGGAUCGCGCGGCUGUUGGAAGCCGGCAAGGAAGUGUGCUUACAAAGUGGCGAGGUCAAACUUUGGGCCAAGCUCCAGUGGGACGAGGUCGCGUCAGUAGAGGAAGGCCGCAAGGCCAUUAACGCGACAGUAGUGAGCCAUUGCCUGGCAGCAAAUUACCCGUGCGAGAAGCCUUAUCCAAAAGCAUGA